CUUUUAAUACGAAAGUUGAAACUGUAAAGCAUGUUUAUGUUGUUUUACACGUAUAUUUCAAUAAUUUAGAGGCAAAAAAUUAAUCAAUAUCUAAUAAAGUCAUUCGAAAAUUAUUAAUUUACUUUAACAUAACAUUGAACAAUGUAUAAAUAUAGAGAAUUAUAAAAAGAAGAGUAAUAUUUCAUUAGACAAUAAAACUAAGGCUGUACUGUACGCACUAUGUCGUCUGGUAAAAAGUGUAAGCACUGUGGAUCGUCUGAAAUAGAAGUAGAUCCUGCCCGAGGCGAUGCAGUAUGCACAAACUGCGGUUCUGUGUUGGAAGACAGCAUUAUUGUUGCCGACAUAGAGUUUACAGAAACAGCACAUGGCGGAGCCUCGGUUAUUGGACAAUUCGUUUCAGCAGAUUCUAAAGGAGGAGCAUCUGGGUUUGGAAGGGCAUACAGUUCAGGCAUUGGACAAGAGUCAAGAGAAGUUACAAUACGUAAAGCCAGAGAUGGGAUCACAGCUUUAAGCCAACAGCUACGUCUCAAUCCACAGUGCAUUGACAUAGCUUGUAACUUUUUCAAAAUGGCUCUGAUGCGGCAUUUAACAAUUGGAAGACCUGCUGCCCACACUCAGGCAGCUUGUGUGUACAUGACCUGUAGAACAGAGGGAACUGCACAUCUUUUGAUAGAUAUAAGUGAUGCACUACAGAUAUGCUGUUAUCAAUUAGGCCGUACUUACUUCAAGUUGUCCAGGGCCUUGUGCAUCAACAUUCCUCCAACUGACCCAUGUCUGUAUAUAUUGCGUUUUGCGUCGCAAUUACAGUUCGAAGACAAGCAGCACGAAGUGAGUAUGACAGCGCUGCGUCUGGUGCAGAGGAUGAAAAGGGACUCCAUACACUCUGGCCGACGGCCGUCGGGUAUAUGCGGAGCUGCCCUACUAAUAGCGGCCAGAAUACACAAUUUCUCCCGAACGCCCGCUGAUGUAGUGCGUAUAGUCAAAGUCCACGAGUCCACGUUACGGAAAAGGCUCAUGGAGUUCGGUGACACGCCAUCCAGUGCUCUCACAUUGGAUGAGUUCAUGACAGUGGAUCUGGAAGAGGAUCAAGACCCACCAGCUUUUAGGGCAGCGAGGAAGAGGGAUAAGGAACGUCUGCAGAAGUUAUUAGAAGAAGAAGACGGCGAAAAAGAACUAACGGAGCUUCAGAAAGAGAUAGAGUCGCAGUUAGAAAAAGACAAUUUGAAACGGAAACGAGGGCCGGCCCCUGCUUCUGCGUCGUUACUACAAAGUGCUGAUAGAGAAGAAAGAGUAUGUGAAGAUGCAGAAGCGACUCGCUUCGCGGCUGAGAAGACCAUCAGCAUCAUCGAUGAGCUGGCCAAGCAGUCCGUGUCCAAGGAGGGCGAGGAAAAAGAAUUAGGUCCAGAAAUAGCAGUAAUCGGCAUCACGCAAGCCGACGAAAAAACAGACACGGAUACAUUUCUAAAACCGGAACCGAAGAACCAAUUCAACAGCAAUAUCCACAACUCGGAGGAGCUGGUGAUGAGUGAGCGAGACGAGGAAUAUAUAAGUUCAUUGAUAAUGUCGCAAGAGGAAGCGAGACACAAGACAAGGAUGUGGAAUAUGGUCAAUGCGGGUUACUUGAAGGAGCAGAAGAUCAAAGAAGAAAUGCGCGCCAGAGAGCGCGAAGAGGGCAAAGACAAAAAGAAAAAAGUUCGCGGUUCAUACAAGAAGAAGGUUAAUUGUAAUGCUGCAACCGCGGGAGAAGCAAUCGGCAAAAUGUUGGCUGAAAAGAAAAUGAGCUCGAAAAUUAAUUAUGAUAUUCUAAAGAGCCUCGACCAACCAGGAGUGUCCAUACCGGUGACCUCAUCGACGGUUAGCAAUGGCCUGAAGGAAUUAUGUACGAGUAUUGUCACACCGGUGGUUAUGGAUUCGAAUGAUAAGCCAACAAAAGAGCCACCCUUAGAGAAAACGCCCGGACCAACACCAAAGAAGCGCAAGAAGAAAGCGGCUCCCACGUUACCCACGAACGCGGAAGCAAGCUCGGACUCCGCCCCCGCGACCCCCGCGCCCGCAACGCCCGCGCCCGCGCAGGACUCCGCCCCCGCUACACCUGCGCCUAACACGCCGGGACAGAAGGAAGCUGAAGUGGAAGAUUAUGAAGAUGAACUGGAAGCAGAUGUGAACGAAGCAGACUCCGAAUUGUCGCUGGCGGCCAUGUUGCAAACGCAGCAAGAAGACGAUUAUUAUGAUUAUGAAGAAUAUUAACAUAAACUUCCAGAUUUUAAACGUACCUUGUUAACGCUUUAGUUUUAGCAAAAGCGAAUUAUGCAUAAUGUAGCUGAUUUUAGAAUUUAAGGAUACAUAUGACGAUGAGGAAAUGAGGAAUUGUAUAAAUCAUAUAGUUUUUGGGAAAAUUUUAUGUUUUAAAAUACUCCAAGGCGAUUGUUGUAAUUAUUGUUUCUUAUGUAAAUAUUGCACUGUUUUCACUUCAUUAAUUUAAGAUUUAUUUACUUUGUUUUUAGUUAGUCGGGGCACUAUUUACUUGUAUAUAAACAGAUGUUUAAACACAAUAAAUAAAAACUCAAGAGCCUGUUUUUUUAAACUGUUACAUACUAAUCAACGUAAAAAAAAUAUUAAGGUAAAAUUUGUAAGGUAACUGAAAAAUGAUUGAAAAAUAUUUUUAUUAAGUCUAUUUAAGUAUGUGUUUGUAUUUCAAUAUUAUUUGUUCAAUUAUUAGUUAAACUGAAUUUUAUUUGAAAGCCCAGUAUUAGCUCUUUUAUGUAACGUAGAUUUUUUUCUAAGGCUGGUUGCAGAGCUUGACCGACUGUCAGUGCGUACCGUCGGUCCUGACGAUACGCAUCAACAAUUGUAUGACUAUGAC